AUGGCCUCGUCCACCGCGGCCGCGGCGCUCACCUGCCUCCACCCCGCCGCGCAGGUCUCGCGGCUCCCUCCGGCGGCCACCGCCUUCGCGCGCCUCCCGGCGACCCACUCGAAGUCGGGGGCCUGGGGCAGGGCGGCGGUCUCCGUCGCGGCGCCGCGGCGGCGCAGGCGGGCGCCCGGCGUCGUCUACGCCGCCGCCACCACGGAGAAGAGCAUCUACGACUUCACCGUGAAGGAUAUUGAUGGAAAAAAUGUUUCUCUUAGCAAGUUCAAGGGAAAAGCACUGUUGAUUGUUAAUGUUGCUUCUCAAUGCGGGCUUACAACAGCAAAUUACACUGAGCUAUCUCACCUUUACGAGAAGUACAAGACUCAAGGGUUUGAGAUUCUGGCAUUUCCAUGCAAUCAAUUUGGUUUUCAAGAACCUGGAUCAAAUACACAGAUAAAGCAAUUUGCUUGUACAAGGUUUAAAGCUGAAUUUCCUAUUUUUGAUAAGGUUGAUGUCAAUGGACCAUUUACAGCCCCUAUUUAUAAGUUUCUCAAGUCGAGUGCUGGAGGAUUUUUGGGUGAUAUAGUGAAGUGGAACUUUGAGAAGUUCCUAGUGGACAAAAAUGGCAAAGUUGUGGAGAGAUAUCCACCAACAACUUCACCAUUCCAAAUUGAGAAGGACAUCCAGAAACUCACUGCGGCAUAA